AUGGAUCAGAUGUUACCGAGCCCGGGGUUCAGUAUUCCCAGUAUUGGAACCCCAGUACAUCAACCAGAAGAAGAUCAGCAGAUUAUGCAAAUGCCACCGCUACAACCACAAGGUCUAGCCAUGAGUACUAGUAGUCUGCCGUCUCAACAACAGUCGAUGAAUAAAAUAUAUCAGACAAACAACAUGGGUUACGCCACACCACACAGCAUGAUGCAUUCACAAACACCUGUACAUCAAAGUAUGCCAUCUUUAACGUCCAUCAGCUCAUCCUCUUCGACUGUCCCAGCGCUACAAACUAUUCAAAACCCAGCAACGCCUGCCCCGAUGACACCUAUGACACCAGCUUCUGCAGAUCCCGGAAUUGUACCUCAACUCCAGAAUAUAGUGUCGACGGUAAAUCUUGGAUGUCGGCUUGACCUGAAAACUAUUGCUUUACAUGCACGUAAUGCAGAAUUUAACCCAAAACGAUUUGCUGCUGUCAUAAUGAGAAUACGUGAACCACGUACUACAGCACUAAUCUUUAGUUCUGGGAAAAUGGUGUGUACUGGUGCAAAAAGUGAAGAAGAUUCCAGACUAGCAGCAAGGAAAUAUGCUAGGAUCAUUCAAAAACUCAGCUUUCCCGCCAAGUUUUUAGACUUUAAAAUUCAAAACAUGGUUGGCAGUUGUGAUGUAAAGUUUCCUAUACGUCUUGAGGGAUUGGUACUCACUCAUGGCCAGUUUAGCAGUUAUGAACCGGAACUGUUUCCUGGGCUUAUUUACAGAAUGGUUAAACCGCGUAUUGUAUUACUGAUUUUUGUUUCUGGAAAAGUUGUACUGACAGGUGCCAAAGUACGUCAAGAAAUUUAUGAUGCCUACGAUAAUAUUUAUCCAAUAUUGAAAAGUUUUAAAAAAAACUAA